UGCACAUCAAUGCCACAUAUCAGUGCCCAUCUGAGCUGCCUUUCAGUGCCACCCGUCAGUGCCACCUAGCAAUGCCAAUCAGUGCCAGUUAUCAAUGCCAUGUAUUAGUGCUGCCUUUCAGUGCCCAUCAGUGAUGCCUGUCAAUGCCACCUACCAGUGCCCCCUCCUCAGUGCCCAUCAGUGCCACCUAUCAGUGUCCAUCAGUGCAGCCUAUCAAUGCCCACCACUGCAGCCUCAUUAGCACAUAUCAGUGAAGGAGAAAAAUCACUUAUUUAAAACAUUUUAUAA